AUGAAUCAUGCUACAACGACACAUACUACACCCACUUCACCUUUUCCAUCCAAUCAUCCUUUGGCCAAUUUACCUCUACCCAUCAUGAUGCCAACACCUUAUCAACAGCAACAACAAGCAAAAUUACAUUACUACCAUCAUAAACCACCUGUCUAUGUGGAAAGACCUAGUUUUACUGUCAAAGAUUUCGAAUUACAAGACACCUUGGGUACGGGCACUUUUGGUAGAGUGUAUCUCUCAAGAUUCAUACCGUCCAACAAAUACUAUGCCAUGAAAGUGCUGAAAAAGUCUGAAGUAGUGAGAUUGAAGCAAGUAGAGCAUUUGUUGUCAGAAAAGCAAAUCUUGGCCUCUGUUCGAUUUCCAUUCAUUGUGGAUCUUUUCUGUACCUUUCAGGACAGCACCCAUUUGUAUAUGCUACUUGAAUAUGUGGUAGGCGGCGAGUUAUUUACUCAUUUAAGAAAAGCAGGAAGGUUUACAAAUGAUAUGACAAGAUUCUAUGCAUCGGAAAUAGUCCUGGCGAUUGAAUAUUUGCAUUCAAAGGAUAUCAUUUAUCGUGAUUUGAAACCUGAAAAUUUACUUAUUGAUUAUCAAGGUCAUAUCAAGAUCACUGAUUUUGGCUUUGCAAAAAAAGUAGUGGAUAGAACGUGGACUUUAUGUGGUACGCCAGAAUAUCUUGCUCCUGAGAUCAUACAAAGCAAAGGCCAUGGUAAAGCAGUGGAUUGGUGGGCGUUGGGUAUACUUAUCUUUGAAAUGUUGGCAGGAUAUCCUCCUUUCUUUGACGACAAUUCGUUUGGCAUUUAUGAAAAGAUUUUAAUGGGAAAAGUACAGUUUACAGCGCAUUUCGAUCCAUUAGCCAAAGAUCUGCUGAAACGUCUUUUAGUGAGUGACAGAACAAAACGGUUAGGGAAUUUAAAGGGCGGUUCAGAAGAUGUGAAGCGACACAAAUGGUUUAGAGGAGUGGAUUGGAUAGGAUUAUUGGAAAAGAACGUACGCGCGCCUAUUAUACCUCACUAUCCUCAUCCAGGAGAUACAAGUAAUUUUGAAAAGUAUCCAGAAAGCUUUGAUCCAGACUCGAAUCCAUACGACGCCAAAGACCCUUAUAAAGAUCUUUUUAUCGGAUUUUCAUAA